UACGUUCAUCGUGUUACUUUUAGAUUACUCAAUUUCUCAUUAUAUUUGCACCAGAUAGUAUCUCAAGUUAGUUGUCUUGAGUCAGAGAGUGACCAUACAUAGUCUCCAAAAUGCUUGAUACUGGAGAUUUUUAUCUACUUUGGGCAAGGUUUUCUUUUUCCUGAUUCAUGAGAUAGUUCGUAAAUAGCAUCUUAGACCAAUUCAGAAUUAGGCUUUUGCAGUGAAAGAAAAAAAUUCUCAAAGAAUUUAAUAGAUCAAUAUGUCAAAUUAGCAUGUACAAGGAAGAAGAGUGAAGUAAAAAACUAACCCGUAAAUUUUUUUAUUUUUUUAUAUUAUUUUAAUUUUGAAUGUGAAAAAGACAUACAAUGUCUCUCUCUUCUAUUAAUUCAUCUCUAAUUGACAACACCAUUUCCAUGUCAAAGAGAACGAAAUAUGGGAGAGAAGGAUCAAUGGCUCGACUUGCAAUCUGAGCUCGACAGAAUCAACCCUGCAGUUGAGAUCGAGAGAAAGAAGAAGCACUGCAUCUACAGGGUGCCGAAGAUCCUUAGAGACCUCAACGAGGGGGCCUACACACCCCAGCUCGUCUCCUUUGGGCCGUAUCACCACGGCAAGGACCACCUCAAGCCCAUGGAGUGCCACAAGCGCCUGGCUCUCUCCGCCUACCUUUCGCGGUCAAAUAAGACGCUGGCUCAGGUAGCGGAGGCACUGAGGCCCUCGGUAUUGGACCUCAUGGACUCGUACGAAGGCCUGGAGGAGCCGUGGACAGACGAGGAUAAGUUCUUGGAGCUGAUGAUCCUUGAUGGAUGCUUCUUUCUUGAAAUAUUCAUUUGGGACAAUGUGAAGCUCUGGAGGCGAUACAUGAAUCGUGCAAACUGGAUGGACAUGCGAAGGCUUGAAAACCAGUUGCCACUCCUUGUUCUUGCUAUUUUGAUUGAAGUAGGUGGUCACGAGCUCAAAGAUACCGAGAACUUCAUAAGAGGUUGUGAUGACAUUUUUUACUCAGAUCAGAAAACCAUCAGAGGAAUGGGCCACCACUUGCUCGACGUUUCAAAGAAGAAUAUGACGGCCAUAGGUAACUACAUGCACGACCAUGACUUGAUCGUUCGCCCAGCCACAGAACUCUUCCAAGCAGGGGUGACCUUUGAGAAAGCUCAAACCGUUUGUUACAGUGAUAUUAGCUUCACAAAUGGAGUCCUCAGGCUCCCUAAUAUCAUGUGCCACAGCAACAUUGAGAACAUCUUCCUCAACUACAUCGCCUACGAGCAUAUACACAGAGGUGUGGGCACUGCAGUUAGUUCCUUUGUCUUAUUUAUGGAUAAUAUCAUCGACAAGGAUGAAGAUGUGGCUCUACUCAGGAAGAAAAAGAUAAUCGCCUCCACGACAGGAAGCGACAGCGAAAUCGCUUCGUUCUUCAAUCGCCUCACCAAGGGAUUGCCGCUCUUGGAUAAGAUCCAUGACACUGUGAACGUGAACAAGGACAUCGAAAAUUAUUGCAAUAGGAGGUGGCAUAAGUGGCGUGCAGUUUUCAUCCAGACUUACCUUAGCAACCCUUGGGUUUUUAUCUCGCUUUUGGCAGCAUUCCUCCUCUUGGUUCUGACGAUUCUCCAGACAACCUACUCAAUCAUGGCUUACUACAAAAGCUCUUGAUCUAGUUGAAUUGUUGAUACAUCGAAGUAGAUGCUGCAACAUUCGUACAAGAAUGUUAUCUUCUAUUCUCUUCUUUAUGAUUGUGACUUAUCAAUUCUCUUCCUUCCUGCAACAUUUGUACUAGAGAGUGUUAUCAUCUGUGAUCACUUAAUGAGCAAUUAUGAUUUGUUUUGAAUAUAAACAGAAAAAGCAUUUUAUU